CUCACGCGUUCCAGUUCACCACUUUGUGGAGCAGCUAUGGAUCGAUCUCAAUGGGAAGAGAUUGUUGGUAAGGGCGACUACUUCUCCUACGACAACUUUAGAAGAGCAGCUGCAAAAGAGGGAGGAAAUGGAUUUCUCUGUGUGGGUAGUACAAGCGAUCGAAUGCGUGAGUUGGCAGCCUUCCUUGCCAAUUGUGCACACGAGACCAUGAACUUCACUCACAUCAUAGAAAUCAAUCGAAUCGGACAACCGUACGGAAAGUAUUAUGGACGAGGACCUAUACAACUGAGCUGGGAUUUCAAUUACGCGGCGUUUAGUGAACAUUACUACGGCAACCGAUCAACGUUACUGGACGACCCAGACAGAGUGGCUGAAGAUGGCGAGGUGGGCUUCGCUUCGGCUAUUUGGUUUUGGAUGACACAGCCCAAUUCAUCCGAAUGUGCACACACUAGCAUCUACCGCAGCACUUGUCUGCACUCCAACUGGGGUUUCGGGCGAACCAUCAUGGCCAUAAACGGAGUUCUCGAAGGUGGAGCGGUGGAUGGUGGCUCGAGAUUGAAGGACAAACAGGUGACCAGCCGAAUACGAUACUACCGAAGUGUUGCAGACAAGUUGGGCACCUCAGUUGGAAUUAACGGAGAACAGCUGGACACACAGGGCAUGUAACCCCUCAAAAGUGAUGGAUAACGG